GCUGGCAGGGCAGAGGAAGAUGUCUGCGCUCAAGCGGAUGAUGCGGGUCUCCAAUCGCUCCCUGAUUGCCUUCAUCUUCUUGUUCUCCCUCUUCACGUCCUGUCUCUACUUCAUCUAUGUGGCUCCAGGCAUCGCCAACACAUACCUCUUUAUGGUACAAGCUAGAGGUAUCAUGCUGAGAGAGAACGUGAAAACAAUCGGACAUAUGAUCAGGCUGUAUACGAAUAAAAAUACUACGUUCAAUGGGACAGAUUAUCCUGAAGGCAGUAAUUCAAGUGACUACCUUGUGCAAACGACAACGUAUCUUCCGCAAAACUUCACGUAUUCGCCACAGCUCCCCUGUCCAGAGAAGCUGCCCUCCAUGCGGGGGUUCCUCAGUGUCAACGUGAGUGAAAUCAGUUUUGAUGCAGUUCUUCAGCUUUUCUCCAAGGACUCAGAGAUUGGGCCAGGAGGCCACUGGAGGCCCAAGGACUGUAAGCCCAGAUGGAAGGUGUUCUCUUCUGUUUUGAAGGUGGCAGUUCUCAUCCCCUUCCGUAACCGCCAUGAACAUCUUCCAAUUUUUUUCCUGCACCUGAUCCCGAUGCUCCAGAAACAGCGGCUGGAAUUUGCCUUUUAUGUCAUUGAACAGACCGGCACACAACCGUUCAAUCGCGCGAUGCUGUUUAACGUGGGUUUCAAAGAGGCCAUGAAAGACAACGCCUGGGACUGUGUGAUCUUCCACGAUGUGGAUCAUUUGCCUGAGAACGACCGGAACUAUUAUGGAUGUGGGGAGAUGCCGCGGCACUUUGCAGCAAAGCUAGACAAAUACAUGUACAUUCUUCCCUAUAAGGAAUUCUUCGGUGGUGUGAGCGGCCUGACGGUGGAGCAGUUCAGGAAGAUCAACGGCUUUCCCAAUGCCUUCUGGGGAUGGGGCGGGGAGGACGACGACCUUUGGAACAGGGUCCACUUCGCCGGAUACAACGUAACGCGGCCAGAGGGGGACUUGGGGAAAUACACGUCUAUUCCUCACCACCAUCGAGGGGAAGUCCAGUUUCUAGGACGGUAUAAAUUACUACGGUAUUCUAAGGAGCGUCAGUACAUCGAUGGAUUGAACAAUUUAUUAUACACGCCCAAAAUACUGGUUGAUAGGCUGUAUACAAAUAUAUCUGUGAACCUCAUGCCGGAGUUAGCUCCAAUUGAAGACUAUUGAAAGAAGUUACUCUCGUGACGGGGUAGAGCACAGUGCUGGAUCUUGAACUUGGCUUGAAGUGUAUCAGUGUCCCUGUCUGUGAGAAGAGCCAACAGUCCGUAAUGUUUACAGCGUGGGACUCCAUCUAUGACCCUUCCCCACUCCCCCUGCCGGGGGCAUCCUCCAUGGCAAGCGAUGUAAAGACUAGAACCCAGAGCCUGGGAUCGGAAGUGAAGAGAGCUCCCUACAAAGAGAAGAUUUUUAUACCAAAAUCUAUAAUUUAAUUCAAGAGAAUGCUUUUAUUUCCGUUCAAACAUAUUUUGUACAUAUGUGAUGUAAAUUAAAUGUGUUCAAAAUUGUUGAAGAAUAAGAUGUCACAGUUUUGCAUGUAAUUGGUAAUGCCUUCAUUGGACUUUUAUAGACAUUUUUUUAUUUGCAUGGAGAAAAAAACUAUGUAAAUUUACGUCGCCAAACAAAGAUUAAGCCUUGUAAGAGAUGAAGGGACUGUCAGCGACAGACAAAGAUGAUACAGUCACUUGUUCUACUGGUGUUCAGCUUUAGACACUCAGCCUCUUGGGAAGAGGCACAGCCCUCCAAGGGCUUUGAAGGAACGAGGGAAGAACAGCUUUUCUUCCUGCCAGGAUUACCUAUUUUGUUUGUUUGUUUUUUUCCUUGCUUGCAAUCUCAUCAGAUUUUUGCCAAGUCAACAGCCAUAUUGUUUAUGCAUGAGUACUACCAAGAAAAAUCUUCAAAGUUAUAAAGUGACAUGCUAUACAGGACCUCUUCAUGUUAAAUGUCUCUAUGUACCUCCACUGUGUCAGGGAUCUUGUGCCUCAAAAAAAAGAUAUGUUCCCAAGGUUGUGUUUAUAGACCCCGUUUUGCUUUUUUGUUUUGUUUUGUUUUGUUUUGUUUUGUUUUUUUUCAAUCUCAGAGUGGACAGCAUUAUUAUUUCCAGUUAAUAUAAACCAAAAGAAAAUAUCUUCUUUUAAAAGCAUUUUUUAAAAGAAUGAACGUAUGGAAAAAUCCAGUAGUGCUUAUACAGAUGAAUUAUACUAUUAGGUGAGAAAUUAGAUGCUCUAUUUUUAUGAAGAUAAAUGCUUAGAUUAAAACAAACUUUAACUUUAAUUCUCGGAUGUACACGGCUCCCCUUUCACAUCAGCCAGUCAGUCCAACUCCCUUUUAACAAUUUCAAGAAAUCUCUGGUGUUAUUAAAAUGUUUUCCCUAAAAGUAUAAUUUGACAGAUUGCCCUCCUCCUUUUCUGCGGUGCUGGGGAUUGAACCUACUGUCUAGAGUCUUACUUUAAAAAGUCUCUACUGUCUAGAGACUUACUUUAAAAUCAGUUAAUUGAAUGUGUGGACACGUUGGCUUCGAAAUAGGUGCCUAAUGCUGAGUCUAAUCAUGAUCAAUCUGGAUGAGGUUUUCUGUGACAAAACAACAACAAAGCCCAAACAGUAUUCUUACUUUGAAAAUUAUCAAUUAUAAAGAUUCUUGAAAAAUAUCUCAUAUUCUCGUGUAACAUCUUACCUCCCAUACUUUCACAAAGUUAAAGCUCCGCCGUCUUUCUGUACAGUGAGCCUUCCCUCAGAGCGGAGAGUGAGAGAAUUCUGGGUGUGAGAAAAGUUUGCUCCCCGUGUGUAAUGCUGAGAGCUUGGCUUGCAGUUGUCAUCUUCUGUCGUAGUUUUGGUAACGCUGAUGGCCACAAACCAAAUCCUACAGUAAUUAAAGUCCUUAUACCUGGAGAAAAUGGAUGUCCUCUCUGUUGUGACAACAUCCUUUCCAUGUUUAUUUCUUAGAAGGGGUACUGGAAUAUUUACCUUCCAAUAUUUUUGCUGCUCAGAAGAGUGAAAAGCCAACACUUUCGGGAAUGAGGAUAUCCGUGUGUUAUUGGUUUGUUUUCUGUCGCUUGUGGCUGAUGAAGUGUUUAAUUGGACGGAAUGGCAGCAGAAUGAAAUGUUAGUUAAUAUUGUGAAGGCUAGUGAGACAGGUGUGUGAUGAACCCAGCGCUGGUCCCUCCUCACAGAGGUGGGGAAGUCGGCACCACGUGAAACCUUACUGGGGGAAACACACUUUAUUGGGUUUGUUGGGGAUGUCUACAUUGGGAUACCUUUUUGCAUUGAAACAUAGUUCAUAGUUUCAGGAAAAUUCAGAACUCCAGGUAAUCUGCCUUAUGCUCUGGGGUUAAAGCUGGCAUUAAUACGGCUUCAGGAACUGGGUGUAAAUGUUUUUGCCCUAUUCUGGUGUUGGAUCUGAUAUGUCAGCCUGUGAGAACCACCUCACCACUUUGUUUUUUAAUACACACUAUUUCAGUUAUGAAUAGUGACCUCUCUAUGAUUCCAUGAAUGGCAGUUUUGCCCAGCUUCCGUGAUCAUCGCAUGACAAAUCUCUUCCUUACAUGUUAGCAGAAGCAGACAGUGUGAUGUAAUCAAAUCUGUCUGGUGGCUUUGCACUGGGUGUCUGUCCCCCACCAGCUGCCUUGCUACCUGUAGUAUUUAAAGUGGCUUUUCCCCUCCCCCCCAAAAAAAAACCAAGUCAAAUCAAGAAAGUUAAAACAUCUGAAACUAGGAAGAACGCUUUCUGAUAACUUACCCGUCAGUUGUCUUAGUCUCAAAUCCAGCGUGGACACAGAGAUGCCGGCCAGUUCUCAUGGCACUGGGGAAAUUAAAUGGUGCCUUUGAGCUAGAGAAAGAAAUGCGUGAUGGGCUAGUUAUCAAAGAAAGGGAGAAGGUACACAAGUUCACUGUAACAUUCUGUCUGAUUCUUAGUGAAGAUGCCAUUUCAUUCUUUGCCAAAGCUAGGGUUUUAAUGAGGUGGCUUGCCCCGACCCCUUUAUAAAAUUAUUUUCUGUUGUAGACCUUCGAGGUGGCUAAAGGUGCCUGCACCAAGCCUGACAACCCGAGUGACCCCUGGGCCCCACCCUGUAGAAGCAGAGAGCUUACUCCUUCACAUCGUCCUCCGACUUCCCAAUGGGUGCUCCUGUGCAGACACACUACACACACAAGGUAGAUUGAAGAAAAUUAAAAGUUAAAUUUCAUGAGAAGAUGUUCACUAAGAAAAUAUUAUAAAAUUUAAGUACAAAAUUACCUAUUAAAAACUCCCCUUCCAGCUGUGCAGUGGUGACGCACACCUUUGAUCCCAGCACUAGGGAAGGCAGAGGCAGGCACAUCUUUGAGUACCAGGCCAGCUUGGUCUACAGAGUGAGUUCCAGGGCAGCCGGGGCUACACAGAGAAACCCUGUCUCAGACAAAACAAAAACUCCUAUUCCAGCCAAGUUACUGAUAACGAUUUUAAAACAAAAUGGAGGCGUAGCCAAUACAAUAGUCUCCCUUUGGAGACUCCCUGAGCAUGGAAGCAGAUUCUGGUGUCAUUGUAUUUGGCUUUGUCCCAUUUCUUUAUAUACCUUUCAGGUAAAUAGCACUCUAGAUUUCUUGCCUUGGGUUUGCAGAGUUUUCAUUUGUAAGCAAACUGUCAUAGUGUUGUUUUUCGGGAGGAGGAAGUGUACUUGAGAUUAUUUAUUACAAUAUGGAAUACUUCUAUGUAAGUGCAUUGAUGUAAGUGCUAGUGAUUUCUUGCAGUCUUUUUUUUUUUGUUUGUCUUGUUUUGCUUCUCAUAGAAAUGUUUGUACUUUUUUAUCAUUGUCUUUUAUGAAAUAUAAUGUUCUAAAGA